UCCUUUUGUCACAAGAAAACCAGAAAGAAAAGGACCAUGCGACAUGGUUCUCUGCAUCUUCGGGGCGGUGUGCGUGGAGAACGAAGAAGGGCGCCCCCAGUGCAUCUGCGACCGGGAAUGCCCGGACAUCAUGGCACCUGUCUGCGGGUCAGACGGGACCACAUACCUCAGCGAGUGCUUUCUGGAUAAAGCAUCGUGCGAGCAGAAGAGAAGGAUAUAUGUCGCAUCGCAGGGAUCCUGUGACGAGCAGGACCCAUGUGAAGAUGUCCAAUGCAGCUUUGGUUCCCUGUGUAUCGUAGAGAACGACAGAGCAACGUGCGAAUGUCCCGAUGUGUGCGCUCUGGUCUACAGUCCCGUCUGCGGGAGCGACGGCGUUUCUUACAGCAACAACUGCGAGAUGAGGGCAGCAAGUUGUAGGCAACAGAAAGAGAUCACUGUCGUCAGUGAGGGGAUGUGUGUUGAGGCAGACCCAUGCGACAACGUGACCUGCAGCUUCGGUGCUUCCUGUGUCGUAGAGGGCACUGUUGCAAGUUGCCUGUGUCCAGAGAUUUGCUUGGAGAGUUACAACCCGGUGUGCGGGAGCGACGGCAUCGAUUACAACAACGAAUGUGAUUUGAAUGCCGCGGCUUGUUCUCAACAAAAAAGUAUAAAUGUGGUUUUCGAAGGCCUGUGUGACCCGUGCCGGGAUGUGGAAUACGAAAACGCAGUUUGUAAGCUGGACCGUGAACGUCAGCCUCAGCCGAGCUGCGAGUUUGACUGUCCCGAAAAUGUUGUGAAUGCCGUCUGCGGGUCCGACGGUGUGACGUACGCCAAUGAUUGUGAGAUCUCGCGGGCUGCAUGUCUUAGCAACCUAGAAGACGUCCUGAUCACCUUCACUGAAGGGCCCUGUGAGGUUGGAACUCAUCCAUGCGAAGAUUUUACCUGCGACUACGGCCAGUGUUUGGUGGACGAUUCCGGCAUGCCCCAGUGCGUGUGUACCCCGUGUCCGGAGGUCUACAAGCCCGUCUGCGGAAGCGACGGUAUGACGUACUCCAGCGUGUGCCACAUGGAGGAAGCCAGCUGCAUGGAAAGCACUGACAUCACUUUGGCUAAAGAGGGCGCUUGUGAUGGACCAAACCCAAUUGGCUGUCAAACCCCUGCCUGUAAUCAGACAGAGGGCGCUGUCACCGAUGUGUGCGGAACGGACGGUAUCACUUAUCCUGGAUUGUGUGCGAUGCAGCAUGCUGCUUGUGAAGCCGGAAUCAACAUUUCAGUUGCUAGCUACGGACCUUGUGAGUCGUGCGAAAGAACCGAAUGCAGUCAUGGGUCAUUCUGUCAGAUGACCCCCGAUGGCCCGACCUGUACUUGCAGUGACCUUUGCCAACCGGUCAAUCUGCCAGUCUGUGGUUCGGACGGUGAGACGUAUGCCAGCGAGUGUAAGCUCAACGUCAUGGCUUGCAACAUGAGGAAAAACAUUACUGUUGUCUCGUAUGGAGCUUGUGAGGACUGCGUUGGUGUGACCUGCGAGACAGAACGCUUCAACCAGGUGUGUUACCAGGGUAUGUGUGUGUGUCAGGAGUCCUGUCCUAUGUCACGGUCAGAUGAAGACAUGGUCUGUGGCUCCGAUCAGGUGACCUACGACACCGUUUGUCAUCUGAAGGCUGCAGCGUGCCAGAUUGAAUCCAACCUCACAGUGGAGUACUACGGGCCUUGCGAUGAGUUCUCUGGAAGCGGAACGGAAUUCCCAGAUAUCUCAGGCAGUGGUGCCACGCCUCCUAAUGAAUUUGAUUUUGAGCUCUGUGAGGAGAACUCAUGUAGCUUUGGUGGUAUCUGCCGCCCUCUAUCAGCCGAUACCUACGAGUGUAUCUGCAAGUUCAAUUGUCCUGCGGUGAGGAUGCCGGUUUGCGGAUCAGACGGAGCAACGUACGGUAAUGAAUGUCAGUUGAAGGAGGCCGCCUGUGAACAGCAGACGAGUAUCAUGCUUGAGAAAAUUGGUACAUGUGAAGACGUUGAAAUGGAGCCUUGCGACGGAGAGAGCCCUCUAUUGAAUGAGCUGACAAUGGAGGAAUACACCUGUCAGGAGGACAAUGGGGGCGAGGAUUGCCCCUCUGGUAGUUACUGUCAUAUACAUCCUCUUGGAAAGUUCUCAGUCUGCUGCGCCGUCCAAGGAGAACAAACGUCUCAACCAAGCUGCAUGGAAUCAACCUAUGGAUGCUGUCCUGACAACCAAACAGAGGCUCUUGGGAACAACGGAGAAGGAUGCCCAAGUGUGUGUAACUGCAACCCACUCGGAUCCUACUCGGUCUUCUGUGAACCGAGCAACCUUCAGUGCCCGUGUAAGCCAGGCGUCGGUGGCAAACAGUGCGAUAGAUGCGAGCCGGGCUACUAUGACUUCUUGUCAUUGGAACGCACUGGAAUCGGAUGCAAAGCAUGCGGUUGCUCAUCUUAUGGAUCUCGUCGUGAUGACUGCGAUCAGACGUCGGGAGCCUGCCGAUGCAGAAGAAAGGCCAUUGGUCUCAAAUGCAACAUGUGCCCUGAGGGUCUGAAAAUGACCCCGAUGGGAUGUAUGACAGAGGAGGAACAGAUGAUGACCAGUGCCAUUACUUGCGCAAACCUGACCUGCCCGUUCCAUGCUCGAUGCCAGGAGUCGACCGUAGAGGGCCAGAAUGCCACCUGCGUCUGUCCGACCUCGUCGUCGUGUAACAACGACACCAUUCAGAUAGUUUGCGGAGACAACGGGGAGACGUACCCCAGCCGAUGUCAGCUAGAGGUCUUUGCCUGCAAGGAACAGAGGGACAUCAUGGUCCAGAACGAAGGAGCCUGUGAGACUGUCAUCGUCACGCCCAACGAGAUACGUCCAGGAUGCGAGGGAUCCGAGUUCGGAUGCUGCCCCGACCAAAUCACGCCUGCCAGCGGCCCUGGCCUUCAAGGUUGCAGCGAUGCCUCAGGUACACCUGCCCUUGCAGCAGAUCAGAGUGCUGGUGAAGCAUCUGCUUCCUCUCCUGUGCCACCUCCUGCGGCACUAACAACCGCCGCUGUGGCACCAACCACUGCCGCCGCAGCGCCCUCUACUAAAGUCUCUUCCACCACCAUUUCUGUUGCACCCUUUGUUUCAACUGCUCUUACCACAGAUUCUGUCCUUGGAACAACAACGGUGGUGACUAUCGUCCAGGGAUGUGACAGCAGUCCUUGCCAACAUGGCGGAACAUGUCAGAAUGACGAGAUCGCUCCAGGCUUCAGGUGUAUCUGUCCUCUUGGAAAGGGCGGACCAGUCUGUAAUGAAGUCGUGACUUUCAUCACACCCUCCUUUGCUGGGGACUCCUACCUCGCCUUCCCCGAGAUGGAUGCUUUCAUGGAGGUUGAGAUCAUUAUUGAAUUUCAACCAAACGCCACAGAGGGCGUGCUUCUCUACGAGGCACAGACAGCAGAGGGAGUCGGUGACUUUAUCUCAUUGGCAGUAGUCAAUAAUCGUGUUGAGUUCAGGUUUCUUGCUUCCGACCAAUCAAAUGGAUUUGACCUUGGAUCAGCUGACCCUGUCGUCAUAACAAGCACCAUCAACCUUCAACCUUCGACCUGGCAUCGUCUGAGGGCAUAUCGCAGUCGGCGGGACGGCACACUGAGCGUGGAUGGGGAGCCAGAGGUCACGGGGUCAAGUCUGGGUGUGUCUGGUGCCCUCAACCUUGGUGAAGAUCUCUUCAUUGGAUAUGCUGUGCCACCUGAAGUAGGACUGCGUCUUGCCAACACAAACCAAGGAUUCGUUGGAUGUAUACGUUACGUCGAGAUCAACGGCCAGGAGCUAGAUAUUUCAUCGUCAGGCUCUUACGUGGAAUACGGAGCCAAUGUGGGAGAGUGCGGUAAUGAUCCCUGCAAAAGCAAAGAGGUCCCCUGUUUCAACAAUGGAAUAUGCCAGGCUGUCAAUGCAGAGGCAUACAGGUGUAUAUGUCAAGGAGAUUUCUUUGGUGCGCUAUGUGGAGAUGUACUGAUAGACCAGUGCGAGGGUCACAUGUGUCACGAGGAAUCUACUUGCGUAGCAUUACCAGAGGGUGGAUACAGAUGUGACUGUCCUGAAGGUAGAACAGGAAACAUGUGUGACGAAGAAAUAAACAAGGUCGUGAUACCAGGGUUUGCCGGCAAUUCCUACGUGCAGCUGCCUUCGCUUAUGAUGCCCGACACCUCCGCCAUCGAGGUCGAGUUCCUUACCUCCUCACCGAAUGGAGUGAUCUUCUACAAUGGCCAGUCCACUGACGGCAGGGGGGAUUUCAUCUCCCUGAAUAUAAGGGAUGGUUUCUUGGAGUUCAGAUAUGAUCUUGGUUCUAGUAUCGCAGAAAUCAAGAGUAUUGAUAGGAUAGCUCUGAAUGAAUGGCAUACAGUGAGAGUGAUCAGGAUGGGGAAGAGUGGGGAGAUGAUCCUCAACAACCUCCCACCAGUUAAAGGAACAUCACCGCCUGGGGCAUCACAGUUGAAUCUCCGUCAGCCUCUUUUCAUUGGUGGUGUGAGGAGUUAUGGAGAGAUCUCAAGGAGAGCAGCUAUUACUGAUGGUCUUAAUGGAGCAGUUAGGAGGUUCGUUGUAAAUGAAGAAGAUUAUUCUGUUCUAAGAGACUUUGCCGAAGCUGAAAUUAAUGUGGAAGAAUUCAGGGAGGAUACCAUGAACAUGAUCCCAACAGCUCCUAGUGCUAUGCCAGAAAUUCCAGUAACAGUUACAACCACCAGAGCACCAAUGGUUGCCACAAGAGCAAGAGUGGCCAUGACAACAGCACCAGUAUUGGUUAUUGAUAUCAACGAUCCUCUAAGGUUUGAUGGCCAGACGAGUAUUAAAUACUACAAUGGGGUUACAAAAAGACAAAGAGCCCUUCGGACACAUCAAGUCGAGCUCUCAUUCAAAACAGCUGAACCGAACGGCGCCCUCUUAUGGAACGGAGUAGGUAAUGCCGACUUCCAGGCCGUAGGAAUAUCGGACGGAUUUGUAGAAUAUGCUUACAAUCUAGGAAGAGGUAUCACAAGGAUAAGAUCAACGCAAAGAGUCAAUAAUAACAAGUGGCAUACUGUUAUUAUAACAAGAAAUUUAAUUGAUGCAUCGCUUCAAGUAGAUUCAGAAGAACCAGUCAUGGGUCAGUCUAGAUCAGGGGCUUCACAAUUAGAUACAGAUGGAUAUUUAUAUCUAGGUCAAGGAGUCAAUGUCCCUGGUAGCAUGGCUUCAAGUUAUACAUAUUAUACAGGCUGCAUAAAAGAUGUUUUAUUAGACGAAGACCGAUUGCACCUAUACGAAGAUGCACAAGGGGAAAGGCCAUCACUGUUCUGUUCUGAACCAUGAGGGCAGUAUAACCUCCCCCAUCUGAGAACCUACAAAGCUCAUCAGAUGUAAUAGCAUUAAAAAUGACUCCAAAAAAAAAGAAUAAGAAAAUGAAAAACAAAACAAAAAAGUAAACUAUUUAUAUGUAUAAAUGAGCAUUAUAUUAUUGAGACGUGUCACGAAGGUAUUUUAAAUUUAGAUGUUUUAGAGGUGUAGCAGAAAGGCAGUCGUAGAACAAGAAAGUUAACCUUUUUUUUAUAGAUGUACAUCUGGUGUGGUGGAUUGUGACCAAAUUUCUUACUUUACAAUUAGUAAGAACCAUUGUUAUCUAGGCAUGGCAGUACUACACAUGACAAUAUACUUAGAACUUAUAACCCGGCAUACAGAUUUGCUCAGUUCUUAAAGAUAUUCAUGCACUCUCUUACAAUAAAAAAUAUGCAAUGAAUUCAUCAGAUAUUUGUUUUCUUGGGUAAGGUUUUUUUCUUGAAUUUUAGUGGGAUGAUUAGAACGUGACAAGUCAUUUUCAUUCUUUAAGAGAAGAGUGUUAAUGUUUCACACUCUCAUCUUGUAAUGAGGUAGAAAUUCUCUUAAUUUGCUUUCAUACUUACACAGAAAAUAUCCUAGUAAACCUUGGACAAACUUCUGAUUUUAAUAAAGUUACCUCAAACUGAGGAUUUUUAUCAGGGAUAUUUAUGAGUACUUAAUUUCCCCUUGACAAGCAAUCAGGGGUCUGUUGCAUAAAAGAAAAACUCCGGCAUUUUAUUUUGCUAGAGUUAUUCAAUAUAUUAUGCGUCUCUGGCAUGUUUUUGUUUGCUAGGGGAUAGUUGUUGCAUGAAAAUUUUGCCAUAAAAUAAAAAAAAAAUCUAGCAAACAAAAUUAUACCUUUGGCAACAGCACAUUGAAAAAUCUCGCCAAAAAAUUGCCAGAGUUUUUCAUUUAUCCAUUUGGCCCCAAAGUUUUUUUUUUCAUUUGCCAGAUUUUUUUAUGGCAAAAGUUUCAUGCGACAGACCCCUGGACGUUUUUUUUCUAGUAAAGAGGUGCAAAAUCACACUCUUUGUCCAUUCAUUGCUCCAGUCACAGAUUUCAUGAUAUGAUAAUUCAGUUGUAAUUAUGAAUAGUGAAAACUAAAUAAUAUAUAUAUCCACAUGCUGCAGACAAGUUGUAUACAAGUUUUUGUCAGACAAGGGACCUGUAACAUAAAGAUAUACAAUCAAUCAUACAAUUAAUUGUAACUAAGUCUAUGACACAUUGUGUACAAAAAAUUACAAUCAAUCGUGAAUAUCAAUUGUACCUCUUUAAAACGUAACAGAUUGAAUCAGUUACGUGUACGUUUAUUGCACUCAAUAAGCAAUUGGUUACAAUCAAUUGAGUUCUUUAUAACAAAGGGGUCGAAUGAAUCUGUAACUGUUUAGCAAACAAUAAGGAAAUGGUUACAAUUGAUUGUAAAUAUUAAUUGUAUCUUUUUAUGUUACACCCCAAAGAAGAUGUAUAUAAUAUUUGUUCAGGUAAGCACAUGCUCGAGUUAGAGUAGGUCAGUUUAUGUAAACGUCCGAAAUGGACGCAGCGCCACCUUGUUAAAAUUACCCAUCAUGCUUUGUUGAUUGUAUAUAGAAAUGCACAUGGUCUACGCUGUUAUAGUUUGCUGGGAGACACCUUUAAUAGAAACAUGUAGGAUUUAUUUUUGUUUGAAAUUCGAUUCGACCAUUUAGGGGAAUGGGAGUCACAUUGUCGUCAGUAUAGAAACCAAGAAUGAAAUUGUUAUUUGUGUGCUUUUAUUUUUCAUGGUGUUUUAUAUUGGAAGCCCGUUCAGUUGGUAGAUGGUAUUGACAAAUUCAUCCAAACCAACUACUUUCUAUAAACUUCAGGUUUAAAGCAUGUCUGAUCUAGAGUACGAAACCUUUUUAUCAAUUGACGCACAUGUCUUUUCAAUUUUUAUACUGUUAUUCCUAUACCUUUUUAUUCCAAUUAUGAAUGUAACUAUUAAAGAAGACUAAAUUUCUCACUCAUUUAUCAUUUAUCUACAUCAUAGUAAAAUUGGUAGAAAUGUUUCCAUAUAAUGUAAAAAACUAAUGACUUAUCAAGUUUAAUUUUAAUUUGUAUCAUACUACAUGUAUUAACAAAAAAAUGAAGUAAAAAUAAUUUUGGUGGUUUUCGUAAUAUCCAGCCUUUGAGUUAAAAAAAAACAUCAAUUUUUUCAGCCAAUUUUAAGUCAGAAGAAAUCAUUAUUUUUCGACUUAGUUUUGCAAUGUUAUUUGUAUUGUAGCUGUAGAAUUAAAACACAAAAAAAUGGUCAAUUAACAACGAAUAUUAGAAUGUAGUUUAGAAAUACCACAGUGAAAAUGAAUAAUUUUCUUUAAUAUAAAAAAUUAUUUUGAUCUAAUCAUAUACAUCCCACCUCUCUUAUCCAGCCAUUUGAACACACAUCAAAUCAAUAAAUCUUACUCAGUGUUUACCGGUACAUUCAUUAAAAAAAUUUACAAAGGACAUUUUUCUACUUGUCUAUUCCAUCUUGCCUUUUAAUUUGUACCCAUUGGCAAGUUGCGGGGAUUAUUUUAACAAUAUGGGCUAUUUUCAGAAUUUGGGGGGCUUAAUUCAUCUCUAGGCUCUUUGUUUUGAGGGAGGAGGUUGAGCUGAGGAGACCGCAAAUUAUGGCUGGAUAAGAGAGAUCAAAAUAAACUUGUAUUUGAAAA